AUUCUAUGUUCAGAGGUAUCAGCAUACAUGUUCUCAUUUCCAUAAAAACUCAUGCACAUGACAAUUUUUGAUAGAGAAACAUAGACAAACAUCCUCUAACAGAUGGAGACGCAUAGGCCACUGCAUCUCCUUCUAGUGCUGGGAUGUUUAACCAGUAAAAUCAUUCAGUGCAUGAGCUGCAUUCAGCAUGAAAGGGUAGCAUUGCUCAAGUUCAAAGCAAGACUGGAAGAUCCUCACCAUCUUCUGUCAUCAUGGACAGGUGAAGAUUGCUGCACAUGGAGAGGAAUCGGCUGCAACAACAAAACUGGUCAUGUUAAUAUGAUGGAUCUCCGACAUGAGCAUCUCUGUGAUGGUCCCAGCAACAAUGGGUUGCUGAGUGGGGAGAUAAAUCCUUCAUUGCUUGACUUGCAACACCUGAACCACUUGGACCUGAGUUCCAACAAUUUCAAAGGAAUCCCGAUACCGAACUUCAUCGGUUCAUUUGCUGAAUUGAGUUAUCUCAAUCUGUCUAAUGUUGGCUUCACUGGGAUGAUUCCUCCUCAGCUUGGAAAUCUCACUAGUUUAAGGUACCUUGAUCUCAACUCACUCUAUCAUGCAAAUCAUCGCUUGUUUGCUGAUGAACUAAACUGGAUUUCACGUCUCUCAACUUUGAAACAUCUUGACAUGAGCGGCGUAAACCUUGCAAAAGCUUCUAAUUGGCAUUAUGCGGUUUCAAUGCUCCCUGUUCUUACAGUAUUACUUUUAUCAGACUGCCAACUUCAACAGCUUCCUUCUUCUGCUCCAAAUUUCAAUUUCACUAAUUCUAUACGCAUCAUUGAUCUCAGUAACAACCAAAUCAACUCCAACUUUCCUGUAUGGAUGACAAAUUUUAGCAACCUUGUCCAGCUUGAUCUCUGGUUCAAUCAUUUCCAUGGUCCGAUACCUGAAGCUAUUGGCCAGAUGACAUCCCUGGAGGUGCUUCAGCUCGGACUCAAUAACUUUGUUGGUCCAUUGCCAAGAAACAUGGGCAAUAUAUGUAACUUGCGCAGUCUUGAUCUUUCAUCCAACAAUAUCAGUCAAAACACAAGCACAUUCUCGGAUAUUUUCUCUUUAUGUAUCGGUAAUACUGUUGAGAUCUUAAAUUUGAGAAGCAAUAUGUUGAGAGGUGAACUGAUGAAUUGGUUGGUGAUGCUCAAAAGAAUAGUCAUUCUUGAUGUCAGCAAGAACUCUCUGGACGGACCAAUUCCUGCUUCCAUCGGGAAUCUGUCGAGUUUGAGAGGGUUGUAUCUCAGUUAUAAUGGACUGAAUGGAAAUCUACCACUGAGCAUUGGACAACUGUCAGAACUGAAAAUUUUUGACAUCUCGUCCAAUUCAGUAGGAGGUGUUGUCACUGAAGCUCAUUUUGCCAAUCUUUCAAAGUUGGAAGACCUGGGCAUGAGAUUAAAUUCAUUGGCUUUCAAUGUGAGCAGAAAUUGGAUUCCUCCAUUCCAGCUAAAAAUAAUUAGUCUGUCAAACUGCCAGUUAGGCCAACGAUUCCCUUCAUGGCUUAGAACACAGAAGUACUUUGUACAACUCUACAUCUCCAAUGCAGGAAUUGCAGAUAAAUUACCUGACUGGUUUUGGAAAUUGUCAAAUUUCGUCACACUUUUAGAUCUCUCUCAUAACCGAAUCACCGGAAGUAUUCCUCCAUAUUUAAAGUUCUAUAGCAUCCGAAUAAUCAAUUUGAGCUCAAACAUGUUUUCAGGUCCAUUGCCUUCCCUGCCACCAGAUGUAGAAUACGCGGAUCUAUCAGAUAACUCAUUCUCAGGCGAACUUCAUCAAAUCUUCAGUGGAAAUUUAUACAGCUUGGCUCAAAUAUAUCUUUCAAAUAACCUCAUAAAUGGUGCAGUUCCUGCAUCUAUAUGCAAAAUUCAGAUUUUGGAAGUAGUUGAUCUUUCGAACAAUCUUCUUUCUGGUGAGCUCCCAAUAUGCUUCUCUGAUUUGCGUGACUUGUUCGUAGCUAAUCUUGCAAACAACAAUCUAACGGGUUUGGUUCCGGAAGUGGCUUCUCCUUGCAUUGUGGAAGUGCUUCAUUUAGGAAGCAACAAUCUCUCUGGAGAAAUCCCUUCAUCUCUAAAAUCCUGCAACUAUCUAGUAACUUUAGAUCUUGGUGGGAAUAAUCUGACUGGAAGAAUACCAACUUGGAUCGGACAGAACAUGAAAUUCCUGAGGAUACUCCGGCUUCGACACAAUAUGUUCUAUGGUAGCAUCCCUCAAGAACUAUCAAAUCUACAGCUACUUCAAAUUUUAGACCUUUCAGAUAAUCACUUGUCCGGAAGGAUACCUCAAGAUUUCGGCAACUUAACAGCAAUGAAAUACACAACUGAGGCAACAGAGACCGCACUGGAGAGCUUUGAAAGCCAGACUUUGACAAGAACAGACAACAUUAGCACCAUUGGUUACAGCGAUAGCAUAUCAGUCUUCACCAAAGGCAUGCUGCUACAAUACACCAAAACCCUCCCAUUAAUGAGAAGCAUAGAUCUUUCAAUGAAUCAACUGUCAGGACAAAUACCUGUUGAACUAGGCAGUCUGCAUGGACUGAAAAGUCUGAACUUGUCUGGAAAUCAUCUCACAGGACACAUCCCCGCAUCAAUCGGUGGCUUAUACUCAUUGGAAUCUCUUGAUUUGUCAGCAAACAGUCUUGAAGGUGAAAUUCCAUCAAGUUUAUCUACCAUAAGUUUUCUGAGCCACCUGAACCUUUCUUAUAACAACUUGUCAGGAAGAAUUCCAUCAGGUUACCAACUUCAGACUCUGAAUGAUCCAUUUAUUUACAUCGGGAACCAUAAUCUUUGCGGUCCUCCUCUACAACAAAAAUGCGACAGCGAUGCCACAGUUCAUGAUCUGAUACCAUCUUGUAUUUAUUCUGAAGACGGUUGCGAAUCUGAUGACACACAAUGGUUCUAUUAUGGUGGUGUUACUGGCUAUGUGUUUGGUCUAUGGGCAGUAUGUGUUUCUUUACUGUUCAGUGAAGCUAUUAGAAAUGCUUUUGGAUUGAUUGAUUUCACGCAUCAUAUAAUGAACUUCAGAAAUCAUCAGAUUGAAACCAGGAGUUGA